CGUUUUAACAUUACCAGAAGCUCAAGCAUAUGCCAAACGUCAUGGUCCAAAUUGGGAAGCACACGAAGCAGACAUUACGGGUCCAAAUGGAAAACCUGA